AUGGUGGCUGGCCAGGUUUGGCGAGCGUCUGGCCGAGGCCGUGGGAGUGGUUCUGGACGUCAAAGACCUGAACCCGAAGGAGGCGCGGCUGAUAGUGAGAGCAGCCCUGAGACAGGGGCUGUGGGCAGUGAGGGGCGUGACCGCCCGGAAGCUUUAGAAGUGGUUGAGGAUGACGAUGGGGAUCAAGGUAGUUCCACUCAUGGCAAUAGCCAUGACUCCUGGCGUGGCGCUGACGGCAGUGAAGAUCAGGGCAGAGCUGGGAAACCGACGGAGAAGAUGACAGUGCCGUCUUUUGACGGUGAAGGUGGCGAAGUGGAGCUGGGCACUUCUGCGCGGUCUUACAUGCGCAGGAUUGCUGCGUGGAACAGGUGCACGAAGCUGGCAGAGACGGAAAGAGCUUUGGCGCUCUACACGCACUUGUCUGGCAGGGCAUGGCUGUUUGCUGAAGAGCUGGAUGUGGAUCGUUUGGGCUCAUGGGACGGCAUGGCAUACUACUUGGAGUGGGUGCGUGUACGCUUCAUGGAGAUCGAGAUCAACAAGGUUGGAGCUAUCAUGAAUGAGCUCUUCCGCAAGUGCCGCAAGCGCGCCGACCAGACGGUGCGCGACUACAACAUGGAGUUUGAACGGUUGCUCCUUAGGCUGGGAGAACUCAAUUGUGAGUUACCGAACUUGGUGAAGGCAUGGCUCUAUGUGGAUAGGCUGAAGCUUUCGGAGCACGACGAAGUUGCGCUCUUGGCUUCAGUGGGCAACCAAUAUGAUCUACGAGCUCUACAACAGGCGGCCAUGAUCCAAGACCGUGGAAUUGUGGCCAAGAAGACUUGGGAACGUACUCCUGGUAGGUGGAAGUCAGUGCAUGUGACGGCGACCGGGGGGACAGAGUCAGAUCUGGAGGAAGACCCUCAGGAUGCCGAGGAGGAGGAGUCUGACGCUGAGCUGGUGGAGGAAGGGAUUGCAUCCGAGAUGCAUAGCGCAUACAUGGCCUUCCAGGACGCGAAGUCGAAAUACAGGGAAGCUUUGAAGGGCCGUGGCUUUGACAAAGAGGAGCUCAAGAAGAGGAAUGCGGAGAGGCUGAAGCUGGCCAAGGCCAGUGAGACGAAGCAUGCCCAGAUGAGCACGCACCACGUGCAGAUGUGCUACAUGGUGGGGCAUGGGGACUAUGUGCCGACCGUCGACGACGCUUUUGGAGAGCCCUUUGCCCUGGACACCAACGACUUCCUGGAGGAGCCCUUUGCUGGCGACAUCAUCUCGGGAGAGCCCUAUGACUCUGACACCAACAUCACCCUGGAGGAGCACUAUGUCUUCGACAAUGGCACCGUCUUGGAGGAGCCCUACAACGACGUCGCAGUCUUGGAGGAGAACUACGUCUCUGACACUGGCAUCAUCUUGGAGGAGCACUACGUGGGCAGCAGCGGCGUCACCCUGGAGGAGCACUACAACCAGAACAUUGACAUCGUCCCUGAGGAGCUCUAUGGCAACUUGGUGAACGAGAGUGCUGCUGGCUUCAGAGAGGUUUGGAUGACUCAGGAGGCAGAGGGCGAUGGCUCGGAGGUUGGCAUCGAGUACUGCGCCUGGGCAGAUGCGCAUGGCGUGGAAGUCGAGCUGGUGGACGAGAAGGACAGCUUCAAAUUUGGAGCUUCAAGGGUUCACUCAUCGCCUUUUGCGGUGUGGGCUCGGCUUGGAUUGGGUGGCCAUCUGAUUGCUGUCAAGGUGGCUGUGGUGCAAUGCAAAGUCCCAUUGCUUUUCAGCCGUGGGGUCCUGGCGAAGCUAGGAAUGGUCUAUCGAGUGGAAGAACAAAGAGCAGAUCUUUUGCGCCUGCGCUUGCAAAACAUCAAGUUGCAGAUGUCUGCGACGGGGCACCCAGCCUUUGUCGUUUCUGACUAUCCAGAAGACUUUUGCCCCGCGGGACAUAGCUGGACAAUUGAUCCAGAGGUCCGCGUUUUGGAGGCACCGAGCAUUGAGCAAUACAUAGCUGCUUCUUCAUCCAUUGGGGCGGGGUUUGAGAUCUGCAAAACACCACUUUUCUUCCCAAAGAAGAUUGCUUCGGAGGUUUCAAACAUGUUGAUGCACCCGGAACUCUCUCCAUCUUCCUUUUUCUUGUGGUGGAAGCGAGCAAAUCAAAGCCCGGAUUCCUGCCUGAACUUCAUGAAGCGCAUGCAGUUGCGUUCCCUGGCCUUGGCCGGAUGCAGCAUGGAGAUUUCAGCCCAUAGCGGCAUUGGGCAACGCAACAAAAGCGGCACCCUGGAAUCUCUUGACAAAGCUGCAGAACACUUGGUAAGUUCCAUGAUGAAGCGCUGGAAGGAUGUUCCAAAAGGAAUUUCCGCCCUUUUGCCGCCCUCUGUCGAGCAACUUCAACGUCAAAGUGCCGAAUUGAAUCCGGGCCUCGGUCAAGAUGCCGUGAUGGUGUCUUUUGCUAGCGCCGUGACAAGAUGCCGUGAUGGUAUGGACUUGGUGGGCAUCUUAAUCUUCACUGUUGCAUGGCACUGUCACAGCAUCAUGAAUGCAUGCUGGGGAACCAGCGCAUUACCGAAGCCAUUGCAUGCCACGGUGAAGGAUUUCAACUACAUGUUUUUGAUGAAGCAUGGCAACAAAUGUGCGAAGCAUCACCUUUUGAACAAGUUGGUGACCUGUGGAUUGGACGCAGCCGUUUUCCCAAGAGGAACCCAAGCGGCUGUGACCAGCCAGUGGGACAUCACCCUGCCCUUGGUGAUGCCCAACCAGCCGCUGUCUCCAUGGCGUAUGAAUCGUGCCGAGCUGCUGGUGGCUCUCGAUGCCUUGCAGAUCCCGGUGCAUCCGAAGUGGACGUUGCCCGAGCUCCGCCAGACCUUGAUCGAGCAGACUCGGGCGUCGGUGGACGAGACGCCCACCGCCAUGAAAGGGAUCAGCAAGCUGAGUGUGUCACAGCUGAAGAGCCGCUGCGCCGAGGAGGGGGUGAACUUGCCCGAGAGCCCCACGCGAGGCUUGAUGAUCAAGCUGCUUCGCGAGAAGGUGCAGCCGGAUGGAGAGCAGGUGGUCACGUUCGGGAAGUACAAGUCAUGGAUGUACAAAGAGGUCCCGGAAACCUACCUCACGUGGGCCAUCAAGGAGACCAAGGCAAACCCCAACUCAGGGGAGGAACUGGUGCGCCUGGCAAAUUGGGCCAAGGCCGAGUUGGAGAAGAGGGCAACAUUAGCCCGUGUGAGGGGCUCUCUGCCAGUGGAGGAGGAUCCCGAAGUGAAGGCGACCAUCACGCCGCCACCGAUGAGUGCGGCAGCCAGCUCGGCCAGCUGGUCUGUGGUGGGCUCGGCAUACACGAGCCAACGGGGAAGGAGUGCACCAUUUCCCAAGAGAGAUGCAGCAGCGAUGGACCCUGCACAGAUGGCGGUGAUGGACUUGGAGCUUCCCGAGGAGGCACAGAGCGAGCUGCUGCGAGACUUCAAAGUGAAGGCAGCGGGCAAAGGCGCCCAUCGGCGUCAAGAGACUGAGUAUGAGGAGACAAUCGGGCUUGGCACGGCGGCGGUGACCGAAGUGCUUGUGUAUAAGGACACGAUCGGGCUUGGCAAGUCUGAGAAGGGGGAUGUGACUGAGUAUAACAAGACGGUCGGGCUUGGCAAGCUUGAGAGCGACAUCACCCUUGAGGACGAGGUCGUCAAUCCUGGUGGUUUGAGAAAGUGGAUAGACUUUUGGAGCUCUGCGGAUGAGGGAUCAGGAGAUAUGAGGUCACCUCUCCAAAAGGCUCGGGACGGUCAACGUCGUCGCAAGAUGAACUCCAGCACGCGGCGCAAACUUCAACACAUGGGGGGUCAACUUUGCCAGGUGCUUUUGGCGUGUGCCGCGGCUGUCGGCAGUUUGGCAGAAGAGGUCCUCGUGGAGCCGGCUCAAGAUCUUUGGACAUGUUUUGUGUCCAACUCGCACCAGACAACACACUCAUCUGCAAGGUGUUUGGAGCUCUUUGCAGGCGAGGCGGAAAUUUCCAAAGCCUUUGCGCACCACCAACAUGGAGUCCUACGUCCCAGAGACAUCAAAUAUGGGGACGAUCUUCAUGACCCCAGUGUGCGAGAAGAGGUGUAUCGUGAGAUACAAGAUGAAAAGCCCGACCUGGUAUGGAUCGGCAUGCCCUGCACCAAAUGGCGCGCAUUUUCCCGCAUCAACUACACCAAGCAAGAGCGUCGGAGGCUGAGGCGAAAGGAGAAGGAUUUCCUUGCCAUGGUUGAUGAAGUCUUCCUUCUCCAGCGGCUCAACGGCAAGCACGUGGUAUUGGAAAAUCCCACGACAUCAGAUUUGUGGCAACAACCGGAGAUCAAGCGUUGGAGUAGUGAUGAAUUCACCCACAAGUUCUCCUUCGACAUGUGUUCCUAUGGGCUGCAGUCAGCGGUGGAGCCCGACAAGUACCUCCGCAAAUCCAUGACCCUCUUGAGCACUCAUGCAAGGUUCAAGGAGAUCCUCGAGCAAAGGUGUGGGAAUAGCCAUGAACAUGCAAGAGUACAAGGGAAAGAUACACAAAGGUCUGGUGUGUACCCAAAGGAGUUUGCAGAGAUGGUGGUGAAAGUGGUAGAGACGUUGCCACAUCAAUCGGCUUGGGUGAGCUCUAGCCAGGGUGAUGCUACAGCUGAGGUGGAAGAAGAACCAGGACGCGGUGCCUCUGAGAUUUCUUUCAAGGGAACCGCUCAUCGGGUUGCAAAGCCCACGGCCUUGCUGGACUUCAACGAUGCGGUGGCGAUUGAUAUCAUCUUCAUAGACACUAUGGAGUCAAAGAAUCACCUUGCCCUCAACAUGGUGGAUGUGGCGUCUUCUUACCAGGUGGUUGUGCCUCUAGAAAGUAGGCAUGCAAACGUGGUGGCUGAGACGUUCUACAAGUUUUGGACGUCAUGGGCUGGGGUUCCAGCCAAGCUGGUGUUGGACCUCGACACUGGCUUUCAAGAUAGCUUUUGGGAGCUCACAUCGGGAGACGGCAUCGCUAUGAGGUGUGCGGCGGGCCAAGCUCAUUGGCAAAAUGGGAUAGCAGAGCGCUAUGGUGGGGCCUGGAAGUCCGUGUGGGAUAAGCUUUGCAUGGAGCACAAGGUGAUGGAUGCUGAGCUGUGGGAGGCCACGUCGGCCGUCAAUGAGGCAAGAAACACCUUGCGCAACAAAUCUGGGUUUUCACCACGGCAGUGGGUAUUUGGCAACAAUGGACGCCUAGUGCCCGAUCCUGAAGAUAGCUCUGACACUCAGCUCAGCUCCCUGAGCCAAGUGACCUCUGAUGAGAAGAUGGCCAGAAAGCAAGCACUACGAGUGGGCGCCAAGAUGGCGUUCUUCCAUCACCAUUCGGUGGAUGCUCUGAAAAAGGCCCUACAUCACCGAUCCCGAGUACAGCCAAGGUGCCUGUUGGCUGCAGGCGAACAUCUCCGACCGGCCGAGCACGAGGAGGUGAGUGAAGCGCUGCGCAUCAAGGCAGCGUUGAACGAGAUCAAGAAUGUCAUGGACAAUGAGUUUGAGGAGGCGGUGGACGAAGAUGCCAUCGCAGAGAUGGAGGUGGAAGAUCAGACCAUGUUUGCGGCCGAGCCGGACGAAGAUGAAGGAGGCGGCCAACCCGCUUCGACAGCUUCUUCCAGUGCGAGAUUUCCAAAAUUGGAUGAGCAGCGCCUUGCCAGAGCGUUGCAAGCAGAAGAGCGCCACAGGGUUGCAACCAGAAAAGCUCAAUUUCUGGACGAUGUACCGGCCUCUGUGAAAAGGAGGGUGGGACCAGUGGUGCAAUCCCAGUUUGCAGCAAUGGCUGAGACGGCCCCACAAGAACAGUUCUUUGUCAAGAAGGUCAAAAGCCCUGAGGCUUUGGAGAAGGCGUUGGAGAAAGAGAUCCCUUGGAAUCUCAUUGAUCAGGCAGAGAAAGGACUCUACAUUGAAGCCGAACACAAACAAUGGCAAGAACAUCUAGACUUCGGCGCAGUCCGCCCUCUGUCAGUGGAAGAAAGCUUGGAAGUUGAGAAGGAGGUGGGUCGAGACCGCGUCUUGAACUGCCGUUUCCUUUAUAGAGACAAAAACAGGGCAAAGCGGCGGCAAGACCCAACAGUGCCUUGCAAGGCCAAAGCACGCCUGUGUGUGGGCGGACAGAAAGACCCCGAUUUGGGGAACAUUGAGAUGUCGGUGGAUGCUCCAACAGCAAAUCGGCACUCGGUGCUGCUGGGACUGCUCAUCGCGCUGUCCCGUGGGUGGUGCAUCGCAAUUGGGGACAUCAGAGCGGCGUUCCUGAACGGGGUAGAAGCACCCAGGAAACUCUAUUUUAGGCAACCCGUCCGAGGCAUUCCCGGACUCCAAAGCGGGCAACUGGUGGAGAUUGUGAAGGGUGUGUUCGGCCUUUCAACUUCGCCAAAGCUGUGGUGGUUGAAGCUUUCAGGCGAUUUGUUGGGGUUGCAGGUGCACUACAUGGGGGUGGCUUACAACAUUGAACAGAAUGAAAUAGACCCCUGCGCUUUUCGCAUCAUGGAUGAAGAGAGAAAGGUGUGCGGCAUGAUUUUUACGCAUGUCGAUGAUUUACUUGUCUUGGCUCAACCUGGGCUGCAUGACGAAGUCAAAAAGCAGAUUUCGCAAAGAUUUCCAGUGGAUGAAUGGGAGAGUGACAAGUUUGAAUACAUCGGCUGCGAAUACAAUGUGUCGGCCGAGGAGAUCACGAUCACCCAAACAGGGUAUGUGGAAAGUCGGCUGGAGAAAAUAGAUGUCCCCAGUCAUCUUCAAAAUGAUGAUGCAGCGCCACCUGACUUGGUAGAACGAAAUCGAACUGCCAUAGGCUGUUUGUCAUGGCUGGCCAAACAAACACGUGCAGACAUUCAGUUUCAGGUGGCUCAAGCUCAACGAGUGCAAAGCAAUCCCACAGUGGCAGAUGUCAAGGAAACAAACCAUAUCAUCAAUGCUGCGCGAGAGCACAAGCAUGAGGGCAUCAAGCUGCAACGUAUCCCGGAGGAAAACAUGAUCCUCUUGGCCUAUCAUGACGCCGCAUGGGCCAACGCUGAACUUGAAGGUGAACAAGAUCAGGAGUGGGAUGGAGCUUUUAAAAAGGCUUCUCAGCUGGCCUCUUUGGUGAUGAUAGCUGAUGAACGCGUGGUCAAGAAUCAACGUGGAAGUGCCUCCUUCAUUGAUUGGCGGAGCAAAGCCAGUUCCCGAGUUUGCAGGUCAACUUUCGCUGGUGAGACGAUGGCUUGUGGUGAAGCACUGGAAACCAGCCUCUAUCUGAGGAGCCUUUUGCUCUCCUUCUUGCAUGGCCACUUGGUGUUUGAGAGGGAUGCUGGCCAAGCAUCAGUGGAAAAGGCUUUAUGGAAACGGGUCAGUGCGGCCGGACAAACCAUGCAAGCCGCCGCUUCACUGGGUCCCUACGGACAAGCAGCUGGCCGAUGUGUUGACGAAGAAGAUGAAGCCAGCUGCAUGGUGGGCAUCAGUGAGUAUCAGUGGCGGUUGUGCUUGGCGCGCAAGUUUGAAAGGGAAGAGAGGUUUCUUUCCAAGGCAUUGGAAUACGAGCCGCAGAAUGCUUUCUACCAACAGUUGCUCACGGCACUUUUCGAAGAUAUGUCUGACAACCCGCACCGAGAAGGGGCCCAUCGUCCAGAUGUGGAGGAACCUGCAAGGGCUGCUGAGGUGUUGCCGCGACAUCCAAGAGGGGCUCGUCCACGAGAUGCCCUGAGUACGACCACACAGGCUACGCAUCUCAGCAGCCGCAGCACCACUCCCACGGAGGUUUCUGAGGUGUUGUCCAGGUCAUCGUCCAAUGAUAGCCUCUAUGUGGAUAGUGCUGCUGCGUUUGACGAGAACGGGGACAGAUGA